AGAACAACAAGGUUAUUCCAAUAGUUGUUCAAAUAUAAAUGUUAGAUAGCUUGUUUCGCUCGCUCAGACUAGUCACAGGGAGCCAGGAGUAAAAGAAAGGAUGUUGUCGUUGUUAAGAUGGAGGUUGUCACUAUUAUACCACUGUCAGCCACUGCCAUAGCUGCAACCGCAACAAUCAACAUCAUGGAUGAUUCAGAAUCAGCGUCAGAAAUGGGAAGGAAGAAGAGACGAUUAUGAGCAUAUGAGGGCAGUUGUGAACUGCCCACGUUGCUCCAACAACAUGUCCCUUGUAAAACUGCCUUCUAUUUCCGCCCUUACAAGCUUUGUUCUUUCAUUGAGGUUGCCAGACUCCCUAACCCUACUCUUACUCCUAAACAGAUUUGUAAGUUCCUCGAUUCCUUUGUCGUUGCUCAUUGGUCCUACUGACUCGGGAAAGACCUUGCUUCCUAAAACGUUGGCCCGUAUUGUCAAUGUACCCUUUACUAUGGCCGAUUCUACAACCUUCACCCAGGCUGGUUAUGUCGGUCAAGACGUUCACUCCAUUUUAUAUAACCUUCUUCAAGAAGCUGAUUUUGAUGUCGAACUAGCUCAGCCAGGGAUUGUCUAUAUUGAUGAAAUUGAUAAGAUCACUAACAAGUCCGAGAGUAUAAGCGGUGGAAGAGAUGUGUCCGGGGAAGGUGUUCAGCAUGCCUUACUCAAAAUGUUGGAAAGCACCGUCGUGAGUGUAGCUGCAUUUUACUGAUAAUGCUUUGAGAUUGAUUGCAAAGAAAGCGACGGUGAAGAACACGGGUGCACGUGGUUUAAAAGCCUUAUUGGAAAAUAUUCUUACUGAAGCAAUGUUUGAUGUACACGCUACCUGUGGAAAUAUAAGAUCAUAUUCUAUUGUUUUUCUCAUCUAUAUUUCCCUACCCUCCAAAACUGUUGCAUAUGGAAGUGGAUUUUUUUUAAAGAAAAAGGUGGUUAUCAAUAUGAAUGUUGAUUUUUGUUUUUAUCUACAGAUUCCAGACAAGACUGAUAUUGAUAACAUAAAUGGGGUAUUGGUUGAUGAAGAGGCAGUUGGACAAGUCAAUGGUACUGGCUGUGGAGCAAAAAUCAUAUGCAGAGAUGAUGGCGCAUUGGAGUGUCAAGCAAGAACAAUGUG